GUAUGAAUCGGUCACUUCAACUAUAGUGACGCAGAUGCGACUAGGGGAAAUAGAACGGCUCCUCGUACGCAGUAACAGCUCGUUGUUUUCUAUCGCAGACGAGGCUGUUGUUACAUUCACAUGGAGACGUUAAAACGCUCCCUGGUUCUGAACACGUAGGUGAAGGUCCGUGAGAGCAUAAAGGAAACAACGCGACCGUCCCUGUGUUAUUAUGACUAAUCAUCAACGGGUCCCGUCUUUAUGACGCAAAAACCAAAGAGCAAGAGUUGCUGACGGCGUAAAGCGGGUCGUUAGAAGGAGAACCAGGGAAUAUCCAUUUAAAAUACAGCCAUUUAAGAUGACAACAUGACACAUCGUCUCUGAAUAAUGGAACAACCAGUAAAGCCUGAAUUCCUACACGUCAGAGAAAGAACUGAUGGAUUGUGACAGCGAGGAGUGGCCUGAAAGAAUGCAUUCAUUAGGGUUUAACACAGCAAAUGUGAACUCAGUCGCUGGAGCAGUUGGUCUGGAUCACCUGCAUGACUGUGCUCCACCAGCGGCUCCCACUGCCAAACAGCCAGCAUGAAGGCGUCGGACGCAGGUGACGUGAAAUGUCUAAUGUCAACUGUCACUGAGGAAAACAACAGGAUGAGCAGGAGCUCAGGACGUCCCUCCUGCUCGUCCUCUGGUCCGGCCUCAGCCGUGGCCUCCUUCCUGGUGGGGCUGCUGUCAGGAGCUGCUGGAGGUCUGCUGCUGGGAGCCACAGCCGUCGUGGUGCUUCAGGCUCUGGAGCUUCUGGACGGAAACCAGCUGCUGGUGGAGAAGCUGCACGACUUCAUGGCGGUCAGAGGAGCCAACGCGUCCCAAAGCGCCUGCAGCGAGCGGCAGCUGAACGUUGGAGUGUCCGUCCUGGCCGAGGCCUUGGGGGUGCUUUGCUGCGUGCUGUCGCUGUGUGCAGGAGUGUGUGCUGGGUUGUGGGUUCACGCUGUGAUGACUAGAAGCUGCAGAGCAGCGGUGGGGGGGGGGGCUGUGGCUGUGGCUGGGACCGUGAGUCUGCUGUGUGUGGCUGCGUCUGGAUCAGCUCUGGGUCGAACUCUGGAAACAAGUCUGGCCUUUAUUUUCAAGUUAGACUUUUCAAUGUGGUUGUCUGCUUCACUGUAUUUCAUAGGUGUGAGUUACAUCGGCCUAUUACUUUCAAACAUCAUCUAUCAUUGUUAUAAGUUGUCAAGUUCCUUCUUCUUUCCCAUCAUAGUUUUGAUUUUAACUCCAGGAGCCGUUUACACCAUCGUUUUACUGGCUUUGUUCUUUAAAACAAAGCUGCUGCUUCUCGUGGUCUUGGUUCCAGUUGUGUGCGCUUGUUUCCCACUAGAGAAAACACACGACUUCCAUCUGAUCACUGCACCUGUGCUCCUGAUGCUGUGCGUGACUGAGCUUUUCAACAUGGCCGACCAGCCCAUCGUUUCCUUCCGGUCUGUGACAUCGGCCGACGCGGUCGGUGCCGUUCACGAAGGCGUCUUUGUUGGACUCUUGGCCUCCCAGCUGUUCGCAGCUGCUGUAGGGAUGUCUUUCGUGGCGUCUUGGCCCAAAGGUGGAGCAGGUAGAACCUGUGCUGGUGCUGCAGGCUGUGGAGCAGCGCUCCUCGCUGCCGUGGAGCUGGCGGCGCCUGCGCUGGGUCCGGGUCCCGCCAUAGGAGCUGUGCUGGGGGCGGCGGGGGCGGCGGGGGCGUCUCUGUGUGCAGCGGGGGCGCUGGCAGCAGUGGAGCGCUGUGUGUGGGUGGGGAGGUUGGGGGUGAGCGUGGGGGCGGCUGCAGGAGCGCUGGUGUCGUCGUGCUCCCACAGCGGACUGUCAGGGACCUUCAUGGCUCUGUGUGCUGCUGCCGUUCCUGCUGGACUCUAUCUGCAGCUGAUGCUCAGCUCCGUCCACAAACGCUGUGUUUGGCCAAACCUCAGGUUCUUGUACUGUUUCCUGUUGUUGGCGGCUGCUUUGUUGUGGUUUAACUUUGCCUGCACUGAUCAGCCUGAAUCCUUUGGGUUGAUGCCACUGGCACUGAUUCCAUUUCUACAGUGGGUUGUGCUUUUGAUGCACACGCUGAAUAUGGACAAGUGAGUUCCUGUGGAUCCACUGUGACACAUGUGACAGGUCACAGGCUUUAUGGGAACAUUCCAGUAUAUGGUUUUACAUGAACUGGUUGACUCUAAUGUGAAUUGUAGUGGCUUCAGGAGACAAAGGUGCUGAGAGGCUAAAAUAGAGUCUUGUUGGUCAGAUGCAAGAAGGAAAACUUUGCUAGGAGGAGGAUGGAUGAUCAAAGAACAUCAUCUGGAUGUUCCUGCGUCUUUGAGUCAUAGCUACUCGGCACAAGCUGAUGAAAGGAAACGGCUUUGCAGUGACAGCAACAGCUUUAAACUGAACAACUAAAAGAAAGAUGGUUCAUUUUAGACAGAUAUUCAGUCUUUACUUUCUGCAUCUGUACAUGUUUUUUGUAUUUGUUUUUAACUUUGUGUGUGAAUAUUCUAUAUUAAAAUUCUACUACUUUGCAUUUUAUGCUGUGUUUUUAUGUUUUACUGCUGUGAAAAGGGAAUUUCUCAGUUUGGGAUCAAUAAAGGACGUCUAUCUACUGUAUCUACCAAUGUGUUUCCCAGAUUUAAAAGCUUCCUUGCUCCAAUCUAGUGACAGCUGGGAUUAGUCGGGAUGAGUUGUAAAGGUCAUAUAUGGCUACUAUAACAUGCACUUCUUGCAAAAACAAUUGGUAUUUAAUUAAAAAUUGUGGGAGGAGUAAACAAAGUAAUUGGACCUUACUGUGGAUUUUUAUGGUAGAUUUUAUCUCAUGUCCCUUGUUUGCAAUAACUACUUCAAGUCUGUGACUUUGUUUGAGGAAUGAAGCAUUUUCUUUAUUUCACACAAUGUGUUACUUUCAUGUCCUGUGACACAGAUAAAAGUCCUGCCAGUAAUUUGACUAAGCAAAUGUGUGGUCUGUCUCUGUGGCCCUGUAAGGAAGAGGCUGGAUGCUGUUGUAUAAUAAUAAGAUCAUUGGGUUUCACUUUAAUACAAAUAAAUAAAAAUAAAUAAAACACUCUA